AUGUCAGACACCGACGAUGACUUCGAUAUGCCGGACAGCACGCUGUUCAGCCGGCCUGGCAGCAAAGGCAAGGACAAGGCUUCUUCAACGCAGAACAAGAAGAAAUCGACACCUUCGUUCAUGAGCGGCUUGGAUGCGCUCGUCGCAGAGUCCACCCUCAACGCGGAGAGGUCCGAGAAGAUCAGCGAGAUCAUGAACCUGGCUGAAGACAUUCUCGAAAAGGACUUGCUGAAGACGGAACAGCAGAAAGCAAGGACGGACGCAGCCGAGGCCAAGGACAAGGCGGACCACAAGGCGAUCAUGGAGGACACGUCCAUCAGAAUUCCAGGGGUCAUCCGAGUUUUCCGACAGCCCGAGGAGCAAGGGCCGCCAGAUCUGAGGUUCGAGCCUCCCCAGCCUGAGGGAGAGCUGUCGGUUCUGGCAGAGGCCGUGAAACUCGCUGGUGGGUAG